AUGUCCUUCCUCUGUGUGAGAGGAGAUUCACAGCUGCAUCUGCUGCUUUGCAUAACCAUUAUGCAUGAGAAACCUGAAGCCCUGGGCCAGCCGUCUACACCAGCUCUUAAACAGACGUAAUUCACAUAGAUUUGUGUGUACACUGACGAUAUAUAACACUAAUUUCCACCUCACCAUUAGAGUCCACAGUAAAGCACACAUUAGGACCUGCCAUCACACUGAUAUAUAAACUGAAUACAGAAUGUCAGUGUGAUUACAGAUUCCUGGGCUGUAUUCACCGCUGGUGGUAUCUCUUUACUUUUAAUGGCUUAUAAGCCUCUAUAUCCCCCAUUUAUUUCUGCUGGAGUUUGGUCCAGAGAAUAGGCGCUAUAGAUUCAAAUGACAAGUUAAUCCAAGGGAGUUUUGUAGGUAGGGGUGUGUGUGUGUGUGUGUGUGUGUGUAUGUGUGUGCGUGGGUCUGUCUUGCCCCGUCAUUACCACGGAAGGCGAGGACAGAGGGAGAAUGCUGUGGGAGUGAGCAUAAAAUGGUGGAGGGGAAUUGGGAGUGGAAUAUAAUAGUGCUAGUUUAUCAGAGCCAACUCUCAGUGGACAGAGCAGAAUAGAAGAGGUUGGACACACUACUGCCCAGGGAGUUCAACUAGGAGAAGCUUUCAGUGUGUGUGUGUGUGUGUAUACGUGUAUAUACGUGUGUACCCAAUUUUCUCUUCCCAGUUUUGUUGUUCUCCUCUUGAGAAAUAAAGUUGACAUCAUUAGAAAUAAUAUAUUUUCCUCUUUUCUACUGUAGGUAUGUCAUAAAAAAAUGUGUUUAUUCUGUUGUUGCUAGCAAUAUUCAUAAAAACAUUGGGGGGCUGCGGACACCCGGUUGAAUACCCUUGCUCUAACCUAUACCAUGGCUGAGUAUCAGUGUAAGAGCCUAACUGUCUUGGCCGUGGCCAGAAAGAGCACUCCCCCUGUGUCUGUAUGAAUCCCUAUGUCCUUAAACGAUGGCCAGCCAUUCCACUCUGUCUGAGCUCCCCAAAAUUAACAACCUUUCUCUGUUACAUCCAACCCCAUUCAGUCACCAUGACGAUGGUGGUCAACUGGUACAACCUGCACCCACGGACAUGAAGAGAAAUUCCAGUCGGGACAAAUGCUCUACUGUUACUAAUACCCAAUGCCCCUCCUCUCUACUGUGUGUCGGUGUGUGUGCGUAGAGACUGCUCUUCCGUACCCAUUAUCUGUGUGUUUAAAUAGGGAACCACUCCACUGUGCCUCCUCUCCCCUCAGCCUGUUCUUUACGUAACCAUCUCAAGCUCUUGGCCAGGACGUAAUUGCCGAAGAGAAUGUGUUAUCAAGUAACUGAAGAGGCUUUGAAUAAUUAGACCCUGCCCGCGUUGUUAUAAUGUUGAAACACAGCCUCCUGAGUGGCGCAGCGGUCUAAGGCACUGCAUCGCAGUGCUUGAGGCGUCACUGCAGACCCAGUUUCGAACCCAGGCUGUGUCACAGUCAGCCGUGACCGGGAGACCCAUGAGGUGGCGCACAAUUGGCCCAGCGUCGUCUGGUUAAGGGGAGGGUUUGGCCGGCCGGGAUUUCCUUGUCCCCUCGCGCUCUUGCGACUCCUUGUGGCGGGCCGGGCACCUGCAAGCUGACCACGCUCGCCAGCUGGACAGGGUUUCCUCCGACACAUUGGUGCUUCCGGGUUAAGCAAGCAGUGUGUCAAGAAGCAGUGCGGCUUGGCAGGGUCGUGUUUCGGAGGACGCAUGGCUCUCGACCUUCGCCUCUCCCGAGUCCGUAGGGGAGUUGCAGCAAUGGGACAAGACUGUAACUAUCAAUUGGAAUCACGAAAUUGGGGAGAAAAAAGUGUAAAAAAUACAAAAAUAAUAAUAAUGUUGAAAUACUUCUGCAUGCAUAGAAAGGAAGCUCGUUAGUAGUUCAGACCUCUUUAGCCUAGGAGGUAUGCAAUUUAAUAAAAAUGUUUAAUUAAGAGGAAUUAAUGGAUUAGAGUGAAGAGGUGCGGUCCACAUUACUUCAUUCUCCUGGGCAGCAGGGUUGAUUAUGAAUGUGUAAGAAAUAGACCUACUCUAAGAGGUGGUGAUGUGCCCAGAAGGCCAUUUAAUUUCACCAGCACACUAUUUUUAUCAUAUCAUUACUUUACCUGGGUGACAUGCCUAAUGGUCUCAUCCAUAAGCAGCAGAGUAGCUUCAGAAGGUCGUAUAGAAUAGGGCAUCACAAAACUUUUAAUCACUGGGAGGUAAUGCCAGAGUAUGUCAUUGUCUUACAUCAAAUAGCACGUUGAUUCCGUCAGCACUGAUCUGUCUCAUAUUUCGCAAAGGGUAAUGGGAUAGAUCAAAAGUAGUUCGACAUUCAAAAAUAUUACCUAGGUGACAUACUCCGCUGAACCCCAUUUCUGCCUCAAAACAGUCUAAAUUAAUCAAAGCUACUGUAGAACAAACAAUCUGUCAAUAAUGUUGAUGUUUUGUCUGUUGAGGACGUCUUAGUCCCACCGUUUUAUAUCUAGCUAAGGAUUUUUGUGUUUCAUGGAGCAGUUUUUCUGAAGUUUGACAAUGGGCACGAAAGCCAACAUUACAUAGCUUGCUAGCUGAGCCAGUCACUGAAAUGAUGCUAACCAACCAGCUACCUACUUUGGGGCUUCGCGUGAUGUAUUGUUGCCUCUACCUUCUUGCCUUUGUGCUGUUGUCUGUGCCCAAUAAUGUUUGUGCCAUGUUUUGUGCUGAUACCAUGUUGUGCUGCUGCCAUGUUGUGUUGCUACCAUGUUGUUGUCAUGUUACAUACACAAAAAAAUGUAUGCACGCAUGACUGUAAGUCGCUUUGGAUAAAAGCGUCUGCUAAAUGGCAUAUUAUUAUUUAUUAUUAUUAUGUUGUGUUGCUACCAUGCUGUGUUGUCAUGUGUUGCUGCCAUGCUAUGUUGUUGUUUUAGGUCUCUCUUUAUGUAGUGUUGUGGUGUCUCUCUUGUCGUAAUGUGUGUUUUGUCCUAUAUUUUCAUUUUUAAUCCCAGCCCCCGCAGGAGGCCUUUACCCUUUUUGCAGCACACACAAUGUUGAAUGCUUCCAACAAACACUAGCUAGUAAGCUACUGUAGUAGUGCUAAUGCUAACAUUAUUAUGAGUUUUCAUGAAGCAGCUGUCUGCCGCAAGUCAUUGUAGUAGCCUCCCGAGUCAGCUGCUGUACUCAGUUGACCCAACGAUACAAAGAUGCACGUUAGUGAUAGUGGAGAAACAUGCUGACUUACUACAACUUCAGGAUAAUUGAAACGGGCUAACCAAGCUUUUUAUGUCAGUAACUGUUAAAGGUAGAGCUAGCUAGAUAACUAACAUUAGCUAUGUCAGUAAGAUCGUUUUUUUAUUUUCUCACAAUUGCAAAAUCACUGUCAUAACGUUUUUAAUAAUUUAGUUAUUCUGUCUAUUUCAUGGAGAGUCAUACGAGAGCGUAGUGAUAUAACACAUUUGGAACUAUGUUUUCAUUGUUGAAUGUCGAAAGCUCUGGAAUAUUAAAAAUUUGAAAAUGAGUUCCACGACCUACAAGACAGAUCGGUUGAGAGACGAGCUUUGCGUAGGAGUGACGCCAUCUGACGUAAGAUACGGGUUGUGUUCGGGCAACAAGCCUACCGAAGCCGACUGUAGACGAAAGUCGUGUGUGAAGUCGGGGGAGCUGCAUCUGCGACAGCCGAAAGUCGGACACUGUAGUGCUUUUCCAACAGCAAGGCUCAGAUCAACAUGGCAGUGCCAACAUACAGUAGCUGCUAAUGUUUUGUUUUUAGGGACACCAUUGAGAGGAGCUAGUGAAUCCAUCAACGUUAAUGAAUAUGAGUUAAUAAGCAUGAUGCGUUGGGUUGUAGUGGGGUAAAUAUUGUCAUAUACAGUAUGUAGAUAUUAUAUAUAGCCUACCUCACAUGCGACCUGUGAUAAGACUAUGCAAUUAAUAUGACAAAGUCUAUUACAAUGUUUAUCUGACUCCAUAAAAUGAUUAAACGACAUGCAAGCAGGACUAUUGUUGAGUUACAGGAAUAAACUAUCAAGAAAGGUCUGAGAGUUAGAUUUAAUGACAUUGUAAAAUGAAAUUAAUUCACAUACAAGGCAUAAGCUUAAGUUACAAAGCAUUAACAAGCAUUACAAUCUAGGCAUGAUCAGAGAAGGAGAGAGCGAUACAAAGAAACCAUGGCUUGUGCCAUGGCCCAUAGCUCAUGGGAGAGAGACAGAGUAUAUCUCACCACAGCAGGUCGAGAAAAAAGAGAGAAAGAGACAAUUAAUCUAAGCCCCUUUUAUAACAUUUGAACAUGUUUGGAUUCAAAAUCUGAGUCGUUGACCAAUAGAAUACUGUAAAAGUGAACUUCCAAUCAGAUAUCAGACCUACAGGAUGUAAAAGCAAAAGCACCACUUGCUUCACAGAGAUGUGACAAUAGGGGGUUGGUGAGAUAAUGCAGCAUUCCGAAGACAACACAAAGGAAAUCCUUGCUUACAGUGUGAACAGUCACUUCGGGGGCAAGGCCUGCCACUACAAGGUCAUGUGUAUGUAUGUUUGUCUCUCUCUCUCUGAUGUCAAUGUGUUUGUAUUGAGCCAUUGGUAUUAUGACUGGCAGAGUUGGAUUACUGUUAAUGGGCUAAUACUGACUAUAUCAGUCAGGGAGGAGUGUAUGCGUAGGUGUUGUACUUUGGAGGUGUAAGUGUUCGUAUCCAUCAGGGAGCAGUGUGUGUGUGUGUGUGUGUGUGUGUGUGUGUGUGUGUGUACGUCUGUGUGUGUGUACGUCUGUGUGUGUGUACGUAUGUGUGUGUACGUCUGUGUUUGUGUGUACGUCUGUGUGUGUGUACGUCUGUGUGUGUGUGUAGGACAGUGGAGGUGUAAGUGUAUGUAUCCAUCAGGGAAAUGCAAGAGGAAAAAUGCUUGAGUAAAGCGAGACGAAAGCAUGCCCAGGAGAGCGGGAAGAGAGAUUGUGUGUCGGAGAAAGGUAGAGAGAUAGAAAUGCGAGAGGAGGAGGAGGGUGGGGGAGAAUGAGAUAGAAUAUGGGAUGAAAAAGAGUGGAAUGUGAGGGAGAUGAAAGCAAGGGAGUGGCAGAGAGCCGGAGAGAGAGCGGGAAUGGGAGGGAGAGAACAGGGAGUUGAUGGAAAUGUACAAAAUGUAACCCUCCGGAUUCAUUGUGGAGAGAGAUAGAGAGAUAGAGAGAGAGUCGGUGAGAAUGAGGAUGGAAAGGUGGGAGACAGACAGGGAAGUUGAAGAGAGAGGAGGAGGGAGAAAGAAUUAGGAGAGACUGAUAGAGUUGAUGGGGGAUGACAAACAAAGAGGGGGAAAGACGAGGAAGAGAGACUGGUAAGAAUUUUUUUAAAGUAGGUCAUGAAGAGCAAAAAUAAGAGUAAAGGGAUCAAGGAAAGGAACUGGCAUGGGAGGGAGUUAGGAGGGGUGGAGAGCCUGGAUGAGGAGAUAGAGGGAGACAAUGAGAUUUAGGGGAAAGAGGAGGGGGAAAAAGAGGGAGAGAGGUGGGAAAGCGGAGGAUAUGAGAUUUUGGGCUGUGUCCCUGAGGCCCAGAGAGUGAAUAGAAGAGCAGGAUUAGUCCCUGCAUGCAACGCUGCUUUCAUUAAUGGUAAUUACUGAGCUCAACUGGACUCGCUCUCUCCUUCUCUCUCUCUCGCUCUCUCUCCCCCUCUCUUUAUGUGGACAAGGUUAAAACGCAUUUGGAGGGCAUCCAUGUGUCUGUACGUUAAUAUAUUGUAUAAUGUGCACACAGUAUAAACAGGUCAGGUAUGACACGCACGCACGUGCGCACACACAAGACAAUACAACUUCACUGUCCAUAGUUACAGCGAACAACAGAAAUGUGUCUUCUGCUCUCUUCAUUUCUCAACCCCCCAACACACACACCUCUUAUGCUCUGAUCCCUGUUUGCCAGUGGGGGCCUGUGUGCAUCCUGACUCACUCUCCAUCCUCCCCUCUUCUCUGCUCCUCCGUCCUCCCCCUCUCCCCUCUGCUCUUCUCCUCUCCUCUAGCAGUCUGUGUUCACAAGGAAAACGUGUGUACGACGCUUGAAAUGGUAAUUCCGCUCUGCUUCUGUGGUGGUUUGUAUUUUUAUUCUCCCCUCUAUCUUCACUCGCUCUCUCUUCUCCUUGUCUAGUGUCUCUGUGGGAAUGUAUGAACUCAUACACGCCAGAGGCAUGGCGAGAGAAAGUCAGAAAGAGAGAGUGUGUUCUCUGAGUAUGUGUCACCUUUGGCCUCUCUCUCUCCUGAUCUCCUUGGUAUAGUGGUGCGGCUGUGUUGUAGUGUGGUUGUGCUGUCAGCCUGGUCACUGGAAACAUCCGUCGAUUUCGGGCGUUUAAAGUGGUCCUGAGGACGUCGAUAUAUGCCUUUCCCGGCACUCACCCCAAAAAAUGCUGCGUGCAGGGACUAUUGUGGCGUAGUAUCAUAUCGAAGGACAGAGCCAUCAAUAAGAAAGAAAACAAUGCAGCUGUGUGUGUGAAUAUGAGUGUCUAUAUGUGAUCAAAAGUGUGUGUGUUUAUAUGUGGAGCAGCUGUGUGAGUGGAACCAGUCCCUGUUCUCACCCAUGUUGAGAAUCUCUUGCAGAUAAUGGAGGGAGGGAGGGAGGGAGAGAGAGGGGGAGAGAGAGAGAUGGGCUAAUUACUGGGUAAGAAAAUGCAUAAAAACAAAGAUACUGAUGGAGAGGGAGUAAAAGAGAGAAUAGAUGGAGGAAGUAAUGCUUGAUCAAGAGUGCAGUUGAGAGUAUAACUCAGGUCCUCAACUGCUGCCCCAGCACCUCACACAGGAGAAUCAGAGCAAUGCACCCUGCCCAGACCAGCGAGACACCCCCUAGACCUGCAAGACCCCCUCCCGAAGGACCUGCACUGAGAGAACCCACGCAGAGAGGACCUACAUCCAGACCACAGCAUCAUCAGCCACACCCCAACCAGCUGAGAACACCCCCCCCCCCCCCCCCCCCCCCCCCAAAGAAAUCCUGGCCCCCCCAGAUCAGACCUAUGCCCUUUCUGCCCCCCACCCCUGCAGCAAGGCUCUCAACAUGAACGCUGCACUAUUGCCCAGGCUGUGAGCAGAGCAACCGGCCCAACCCCCAAUAAUACACCCGCCCAAGCCCCAUCUUGCGACCUAAGAGGUAUCUAUGAGAUGCUCAACAUGCUCUGCGCACAUCUACUGUAAUGAUCUGAGCCUAAACCACACAAAAACAACACUAGACACUAUGGGACACAAAUCUUUUACAAUCUCAUCCUGGAAUAUUAAUAUUUUUUAGUUGAGAACAAGUUCUCAUUUACAACUGCGACCUGGCCAAGAUAAAGCAAAGCAGUGCGAUAAAAACAACAACAACACAGAGUUACAUAUGGAAUAAACAAAACGUACAGUCAAUAACACAAUAGAAAAUCUAUAUACAGUGUGUGCAAAUGUAGUAAGUUAUGGAGGUAAGGCAAUAAACAGGCCAUAGUGCAAAAUAAUUACAAUUUAGUAUUAACACUGGAGUGAUAGAUGUGCAGAAGAUGAUGUGCAAAUAGAGAUACUGGGGUGCAAAUUAGCAAAAUAAAUAGCAAUAUGGGGAUGAGGUAGUUGGGUGGGCUAAUUACAGAUGGGCUGUGUACAGGUGCAGUGAUCGGUAAGGUGCUCUGACAACUGAUGCUUAAAGUUAGUGAGGGAGAUAAGUGUCUCCAGCUUCAGAGAUUGUUGCAGUUCGCUCCAGUCAUUUGCAGCAGAGAACUGGAAGGAAUGGCGGCCAAAGGAGGUGUUGGCUUUGGGGAUGACUAUUGAGAUAUACCUGCUGGAGCGCAUACUACGGGUGGGUGUUGCUAUGGUGACCAAUGAGCUAAGAUAUUUAUAGAUGACCUGGAGCCAGUGGGUUUUGUGACGAAUAUGUAGUGAAGGCCAACCAACAAGAGCGUACAGGUCACAAUGGUGGGUAGUAUAUGGGGCUUUGGUGACAAAAUGGAUGACACUGUGAUAGACUACAUCCAAUUUGCUGAGUAGAGUGUUGGAAGCUAUUUUGUAAAUGACAUUGCCGAAGUCAAGGAUCGGUAGGAUAGUCAGUUUUACGAGGGCAUGUUUAGCAGCAUGAGUGAAGGAGGCUUUGCUGCGAAAUAGGAAGCCGAUUCUAGAUUUAACUUUGGAUUGGAGAUGCUUAAUGUGAGUCUAGAAGCAGAGUUUACGGUCUAACCAGACACCUAAGUAUUUGUAGUUGUCCACAUAUUCUAAGUCAGACCCGCCGAGAGUAGUGAUUCUAGUCGGGCGGGCGGGUGCAAGCAGCAUUCAAUUGAAGAGCAUGCAUUUAGUUUUACUAGCGUUUAAGAGCAGUUGGAGGCCAAGGAAGGAGUGUUGUAUGGCAUUGAAGCUCGUUUGGAGGUUUGUUAACACAGUGUCCAAUGAAGGGCCAGAUGUAUACAAAAUGGUGUCGUCUGCGAAGAGGUGGAUCUGAGAGUCACCAGAAGCAAGAGCGACAUCAUUGAUAUACAGUGGGGAAAAAAAGUAUUUAGUCAGCCACCAAUUGUGCAAGUUCUCCCACUUAAAAAGAUGAGAGAGGCCUGUAAUUUUCACCAUAGGUACACGUCAACUAUGACAGACAAAAUGAGAAAAAACAAUCCAGAAAAUCACAUUGUAGGAUUUUUAAUGAAUUUAUUUGCAAAUUAUGGUGGAAAAUAAGUAUUUGUUCAAUAACAAAAGUUUCUCAAUACUUUGUUAUAUACCCUUUGUUGGCAAUGACACAGGUCAAACAUUUUCUGUAGGUCUUCACAAGGUUUUCACACACUGUUGCUGGUAUUUUGGCCCAUUCCUCCAUGCAGAUCUCCUCUAGAGCAGUGAUGUAUUGGGGCUGUCGCUGGGCAACACGGAUUUUCAACUCCCUCCAAACAUUUUCUAUGGGGUUGAGAUCUGGAGACUGGCUAGGCCACUACAGGACCUUGAAAUGCUUCUUACGAAGCCACUCCUUCUUUGCCCGGGCGGUGUGUUUGGGAUCAUUGUCAUGCUGAAAGACCCAGCCACGUUUCAUCUUCAAUGCCCUUGCUGAUGGAAGGAGGUUUUCACUCAAAAUCUCACGAUACAUGGCCCCAUUCAUUCUUUCCUUUACACGGAUCAGUCGUCCUGGUCCCUUUGCAGAAAAACAGCCCCAAAGCAUGAUGUUUCCACCCCCAUGCUUCACAGUAGGUAUGGUGUUAUUUGGAUGCAACUCAGCAUUCUUUGUCCUCCAAACACGUCGAGUUGAGUUUUUACCAAAAAGUUAUAUUUUGGUUUCAUCUGACCAUAUGACAUUCUCCCAAUCCUCUUCUGGAUCAUCCAAAUGCACUCUCGCAAACUUCAGACGGGCCUGGACAUGUACUGGCUUAAGCAGGGGGACACGUCUGUCACUGCAGGAUUUGAGUCCCUGGCGGCAUAGUGUGUUACUGAUGGUAGGCUUUGUUACUUUGGUCCCAGCUCUCUGCAGGUCAUUCACUAGGUCCCCCCGUGUGGUUCUGGGAUUUUUGCUCACUGUUCUUGUGAUCAUUUUGACCCCACGGGGUGAGAUCUUGCGUGGAGCCCCAGAUCGAGGGAGAUUAUCAGUGGUCUUGUAUGUCUUCCAUUUCCUAAUAAUUGCUCCCACAGUUGAUUUCUUCAAACCAAGCUGCUUACCUAUUGCAGAUUCAGUCUUCCCAGCCUGGUGCAGGUCUACAAUUUUGUUUCUGGUGUCUUUUGACAGCUCUUUGGUCUUGGCCAUAGUGGAGUUUGGAGUGUGACUGUUUGAAGUUGUGGACAGGUGUCUUUUAUACUGAUAACAAGUUCAAACAGGUGCCAUUAAUACAGGUAACGAGUGGAGGACAGAGGAGCCUCUUAAAGAAGAAGUUACAGGUCUGUGAGAGCCAGAAAUCUUGCUUGUUUGUAGGUGACCAUAUACUUAUUUUCCACCAUAAUUUGCAAAUAAAUUCAUAACAAAUCCUACAAUGUGAUUUUCUGGAUUUUUUUUUCUCAAUUUGUCUGUCAUAGUUGACGUGUACCUAUGAUGAAAAUUACAGGCCUCUCUCAUCUUUUUAAGUGGGAGAACUUGCACAAUUGGUGGCUGACUAAAUACUUUUUUUCCCCACUGUACACAGAGAAUAGAGUCGGCCCGAGAAUUAAACCCUGUGGCACCCCCAUAGAGACUGCCAGAGGUCCAGAGAACAGGCCCUCCGAUUUGACACAUUGAACUCUAUCUGAGAAGUAGUCCCCUGUAGCUCAGUUGGUAGAGCAUGGCGCUUGCAACGCCAGGGUUGUCGGUUCAUUUUCCACGGGGGGCCAGUAUGAAAAAAAUGUAUGCACUCACUAACUGUAAGUCGCUCUGGAUAAGAGCGUCUGCUAAAUUACUAAAAUGUAAAAAUGUAAAUGUAUUUAGUCUUCCAAUAAGAAUGCGGUGAUUGACAGAGUCAAAAGACUUGGCCAGGUCGAUGAAGACGGCUGCACAGUACUGUCAUUUAUCAAUCGCGGUUAUUAUAUCGUUUAGGACCUUGAGCGUGGCUGAGGUGCACCCAUGACCAGCUCGGAAACCAGAUUGCAUAGCGGAGAUGGUACGGUGGGAUUCGAAAUGGUCGGUGAUCUGUUUGUUAACUUGGCUUUCAAAUACAUUCGAAAGGCAGGGCAGGAUGCAUAUAGGUCUGUAACAGUUUGGAUCUAGAGUGUCACCCCCUUUGAAGAGGGGGAUGACCGCGGCAGCUUUCCAAUCUCUGGGGAUCUCAGAUGAUACGAAAGAGAGGUUGAACAGACUAGUAAUAGUAAUUACGGCGGCUAAUUUUAAAAAGAAAGGGUCCAGAUUGUCUAGCCCAGCUGAUUUGUAGGGGUCCAGAUUUAGCAGCUCUUUCAGGACAUCAGCUAUCUGAAUUUGGGUGAAGGAGAAGCGGGGGGGGGAGCAUGGGCAAGUUGCAGCGGAGGGUGCAGAGCUGGUGGCCGGGGUAGGGGUUGCCAGGUGGAAAGCAAGGCCAGCCGUAGCAAAAUGCUUAUUGAAAUUCUCGAUUAUCGUGACAGUGUUUCCUAGCCUCAGUGCAGUGGGUAGCUGGGAGGAGGUGCUCUUAUUCUCCAUGGACUUUACAGUGUCCCAAAACUUGUUGGAGUUAGUGCUACAGGAUGCAAAUUUCUGUUUGAAAAAGCUAGCCUUUGCUUUCCUAACUGGUUGUGUAUAUUGGUUCCUGACUUCCCUGAAAAGUUGCAUAUCGCGGGGGCUGUUCGAUGCUAAUGCAGUACGCCACAGGAUGUUUUUGUGCUGGUCAAGGGCAGUCAAGUCUGGGGUGAACCAGGGGCUAUAUCUGUUCUUAGUUCUGAAUUAUUUUAUGGGGCAUGCUUAUUUAAGAUGGAGAGGAAAGCACUUUUGAAGAUUAUCCAGGCAUCCUCUACUGACGGAAUGAGGUCAAUAUCCAUCCAGGAUGCCCGGGCCAGGUCAAUUAGAAAGGCCUGCUCGCUGAAGUGUUUUAGGGAGCGUUUGACAGUGAUGAGGGGUGGUCGUUUGACCACAGACUCAUUACGGACGCAGGCAAUGAGGCAGUCAUCGCUGAGAUCCUGGUUGAAGACAGCGGAGGUAUAUUUAGAGGGUAAUUUAGAAAGGAUGAAAUCUAUGAGGGUGCCCAUGUUUACGGAUUUAGGGUUGUACCUGGUAGGUUCCUUGAUAAUUUGUGUGAGAUUGAGGGCAUCUAGUUUAGAUUGUAGGACGGCCGGGGUGUUAAGCAUAUCCCAGUUUAGGUCACCAAGCAGUACGAACUCUGAGGAUAGAUAGAUGGGGGGCAAGCAAUUCACAUAUGGUGUCCAGGGCACAACUGGGGGCUGAGGGGGGUCUGUAGCAAGCGGCAACAGUGAGAGACUUAUUUCUGGAAAGGUGGAUUUUUAGAAGUAGAAGCUCAAACUGUUUGGGCACAGACCUGGAUAGUAUGAUGGAGCUCUGCAGGCUAUGUCUACAGUAGAUUGCAACUCCGCCCCCUUUGGCAGUUCUAUCUAGAUGGAAAAUGCUGUAGUUCGGGAUGGACAUUUCUGAAUUUUUGGUGGCCUUCCUAAGCCAAGAUUCAGACACUGCUAGAACAUCAGGAUUGGCAGAGUGUGCUAACGCAGUGAAUACCUCAAACUUGGGGAGGAGGCUUCUGAUGUUAACAUGCAAGAAACCAAGGCUUUUAUGGUUACAGAAGUCAACAAAUGAUAGUGCCUGGGGGGUAGGAGUGAUACUGGGGGCUACAGUGCCUGGGUUAACCUCUACAUCACCAGAGGAACAGAGGAGGAAUAGAAUAAGGAUACGGCUAAAGGCUUUAAGAACUGGUCUUCUAGUGCGUUGGGUACAGAGAAUAAAAGGGGCAGAUUCCCGGGUGUUGUAGAAUAGAUUCAGUGCAUUAUGUAGAGACAAGGAUAUGGAAGGAUAUGAGUACAGUGGAGGUACACCUAAGCAUUGGGUAACUAUGAAAGAGAGCAUCACUGGAGGUACCGAUUGAGCCGGUCUCCGCGUGUAUGGGGGGUGGGACAAAGGAGCUCUCUGAGGCUGGUUGAGCGGAACUUGGGGCUCUACAGUGAAAUUGUAUAAUAAUAACUAACUGGAACAGCAAUAGGCAAGGCAUAUUGACAUGGGAGAGAGGAAUAAAGCAAUAACAGGUGUUAUUAGAGAGAGUGAAGACAACAACUGGUAAAGGCGAUGAAAGUUUGGGCUGAGGCUAAACAGAUAAACAGGAUGGGGUACUGUGUAAAAGAACAGUCCAGUAGGCAUUAGCUGUGUAGCUGAGUGAUCAUAAGGUCCAGUGAACAGCAAUAAGUAAAUCAGGGAGCAGUUCGUAGGCUGCUACAGCACAGGCGAGCAGGAGGCACGGCUGUUGAUUGCGCAUGCUAGCGGUCCAGGGCUAGCAGAUGGAUCUUCGUGGUCGUCGCCACGGGAAGCCUGUUGAAACCACAUCAGACAAUUACGUCGGCAGACCAGUUGUGAUGGAUCGGCGGGGCUCCGUGUCGACACUAGGAGGUCCCGUCCGGUUGACAGAGAGGUAGAUAGCCUGGCUAACUGGUACGUCGGGACAGUGGUGAUUAGCCAACAACAGCCAUUCGGUUGCAGCUAGCUCGUUGCGAUGGUCCGGUGUUAAGGUCCAGUGAUUUUGUGAUUCCGUCAGAAAAUCCUAUAUGCUCUGGGUCGAUAGCACGCUGUGCAGACUGGCCGAUAAUUGUCCAGGCUAGAGCUGGCUUGUAGGUAGUGCAGGCCACGGACAGUGGUGAAGACCGCUAGCGGUCUGAGGUCAUCUGCCUUUGGCCUAAAGAGCAGGAACGCAGACUUUAUCUAAGAAAUAGGAAAUACAGACAUUGUCAUCCUACAAGAAACAUGAUAUAGAUGAGACGGACCCACUGGUUGCCCUCUAGGUUACAGAGAACUGUUAGUCCCAUCCACCAAACUACCAGGUAUGAAAAAGGGAAGAGACUCAGGGGGUAUGCUAAUUUGGUAUAGAGCAGACCUAACCCACUCUAUUAAAUGAGUCAAAACAGGAACAUUUUACUUCUGGCUAGAAAUGAAUAAGGAAAUUAUCUCAACAGAUAAAAAUGUCCUUGUGUGCUACCUACAGUACACUACCGGUGAAAAGUUUUAGAACACCUACUCAUUCAAGGGUUUUUCUUUAUUUUUACUAUUUUCUACAUUGUAGAAAUAGUGAAGACAUCAAAACUAUGAAAUAAUACAUAUGGAAUCAUGUAGUAACCAAAAAAGUGUUAAACAAAUCAAAAGAUGUUAUAUUUGAGAUUCUUCAAAUAGCCACCCUUUGCCUUGAUGACAGCUUUGCACACUCUUGGCAUUCUCUCAACCAGCUUCAUGAGGUAGUCACCUGGAAUGCAUUUCAAUUAACAGGUGUGCCUUCUUAAAAGUUAAUUUGUGGAUUUUCUUUCCUUCUUAAUGCGUUUGAGCCAAUCAGUUGUGUUGUGACAAGGUAUGGGGUGUAUACAGAAGGUAGCCCUAUUUUGUAAAAUACCAAGUCCAUAUUAUGGCAAGAACAGCUCAAAUAAGCAAAGAGAAACGACAGUCCAUCAUUACUUCAAGACAUGAAGGUCAGUCAAUACGGAACAUUUCAAGAAAGUUUCUUCAAGUGCAGUCACAAAAACCAUCAAAGUGCUAUGAUGAAACUGGCUCAGGAAUGGAAGACCCAGAGUUACCUCUGCUGCAGAGGAUAAGUUCAUUAGAGUUACCAGCCUCAGAAAUUGCAGCCCAAAUAAAUAUUUCACAGUGUUCAAGUAACAGACACAUCUCAACAUCAACUGUUCAGAGGAGACUGUGUGAAUCAGGCCUUCAUGGUCGAAUUGCUGCAAAGAAAGCACUACUAAAGGAAGAAGAGACUUGCUUGGGCCAAGAAACACGAGCAAUGGACAUUAGACCGGUGGAAAUGUGUCCUUUGGUCUGGAGUCCAAAUUGGAGAUUUUUGGUUCCAACGGAUGAUUUCUGCAUGUGUGGUUCUCUCCGUAAAGCAUGGAGGAGGGGGUGUUAUGAUGUGGGGGUGCUUUUCUGGUGACACUGUCAGUGAUUUAUUUAGAAUUCAAGGCACACAUAACCAGCAUGGCUACCACAGCAUUCUGUAGAGAUACACCAUCCCAUCUGGUUUGGGCUUAGUGGGACUAUCAUUUGUUUUUCAACAGGACAAUGACCCAACACACCUCCAGGCUGUGUAAGGGCUAUUUGACCAAGAAGGAGUGUGAUGGAGUGCUGCAUCAGAUGACCUGGCCUCCACAAUCACCCGACCUCAACCCAAUUGAGAUGGUUUGGGAUGAGUUGGACCGCAGAGUGAAGGAAAAGCAGCCAACAAGUGCUCAGCAUAUGUGGGAACUCCUUCGAGACUGUUGGAAAAGCAUUCCAGGUGAAGCUGGUUGAGAGAAUGCCAAGAGUGUGCAAAGCUGUCAUCAAGGCCAAGGGUGUCUACUUUGAAGAAUCUCAAAUAUAAAAUAUAUUUGGAUUUGUUUAACACUAUUUUGGUUACUACAUGAUUCCAUAUGUGUUAUUUCAUCGUUUUGAUGUCUUCACUAUUAUUCUACAAUGUAGAAAAUAGUAAAAAGAAAGAAAAACCCUUGAAUGAGUAGGUGUUAUAAAACUUUUGACCGGUAGUGUAUAUCCCCCCAGCAGAAUCCCCAUACUUUAACGAUGACAGCUUCUCAAUCCUAGAGGGGGAGAUCAACCAUUUCCAGGCAAAGAGACAUGUACUAGUCUGUGGCGACCUAAAUGCCAGAACUGGACAAGAACUUGACACUCUCAGCACACCUUGGGACAAACACCUACAGUGGGGAGAACAAGUAUUUGAUACACUGCUGAUUUUGCAGGUUUUCCUACUUACAAAGCAUGUAGAGGUCUGCAAUUUUUAUCAUAGGUACACUUCAACUGUGAGAGACUGAAUCUAAAACAAAAAUCCAGAAAAUCACAUUGUAUGAUUUUUAAGUAAUUAAUUUGCAUUUUAUUGCAUGACAUAAGUAUUUGAUCACCUACCAACCAGUAAGAAUUCCAGCUCUCACAGACCUGUUAGUUUUUCUUUAAGAAGCCCUCCUGUUCUCCACUCAUUACCUGUAUUAACUGCACCUGUUUGAACUCGUUACCUGUAUAAAAGACACCUGUCCACACACUCAAUCAAACAAACUCCAACCUCUCCACAAUGGCCAAGACCAGAGAGCUGUGUAAGGACAUCAGGGAUAACAUUGUAGACCUGCACAAGGCUGGGAUGGGCUACAAGACAAUAGGCAAGCAGCUUGGUGAGAAGGCAACAACUGUUGGCGCAAUUAUUAGAAAAUGGAAGAAGUUCAAGAUGACGGUCAAUCAUCCUCGGUCUGGGGCUCCAUGCAAGAUCUCACCUCGUGGGGCAUCAAUGAUCAUGAGGAAGGUGAGGGAUCAGCCCAGAACUACAUGGCAGGACCUGGUCAAUGACCUGAAGAGAGCUGGGACCACAGUCUCAAAGAAAACCAUUAGUAACACACUACGCCGUCAUAGACUAAAAUCCUGCAGCGCACGCAAGGUCCCCCUGCUCAAGCCAGCACAUGUCCAGGCCCGUCUGAAGUUUGCCAAUGACGAUCUGGAUGAUCCAGAGGAGGAAUGGGAGAAGGUCAUGUGGUCUGAUGAGACAAAAAUAGAGCUUUUUGGUCUAAACUCCACUCGCCGUGUUUGGAGGAAGAAGAAGGAUGAGUACAACCCCAAGAACACCAUCCCAACCGUGAAGCAUGGAGGUGGAAACAUCAUUCUUUGGGGAUGCUUUUCUGCAAAGGGGACAGGACGACUGCACCGUAUUGAGGGGAGGAUGGAUGGGGCCAUGUAUCGCGAGAUCUUGGCCAACAACCUCCUUCCCUCAGUAAGAGCAUUGAAGAUGGGUCGUGGCUGGGUCUUCCAGCAUGACAACGACCCAAAACACACAGCCAGGGCAACUAAGGAGUGGCUCCGUAAGAAGCAUCUCAAGGUCCUGGAGUGGCCUAGCCAGUCUCCAGACCUGAACCCAAUAGAAAAUCUUUGGAGGGAGCUGACAGCGACAGCCCCGAAACCUGAAGGUUCUGGAGAAGGUCUGUAUGGAGGAGUGGGCCAAAAUCCCUUCUGCAGUGUAUGCAAACCUGGUCAAGACCUACAGGAAACGUAUGAUCUCUGUAAUUGCAAACAAAGGUUUCUGUACCAAAUAUUAAGUUCUGCUUUUCUGAUGUAUCAAAUACUUAUGUCAUGCAAUAAAAUGCAAAUUAAUUAUUUAAAAAUCAUACAAUGUGAUUUUCUGGAUUUUUGUUUUAGAUUUCGUCUCUCACAGUUGAAGUGUACCUAUGAUAAAAAUUACAGACCUCUACAUGCUUUGUAAGUAGGAAAACCUGCAAAAUUGGCAGUGUAUCAAAUACUUCUUCUCCCCACUGUACCUUGAGGUGACAAUAUUCCCUCCCAAAUAUGCCCCCCUAGACACAACUAUGAAAAACAACCAACAAAAACGGGUCAUAACUCCUGCAGCUCUAUCGCAAUCUGAGUCUGUAAAUAGUCAAUGGUAGGCUUCGAGGAGACUCCUAUGGUAGGUACACCUACAGUUCAUCCUUUGGCAGUAGGACUGUGGAUUACUUUAUCACUGACCUCAACCCAGAGUCUCUGAGUGUUCACAGUCAGCCCACUGACACCCCUAUUAGAUCAAAGCAAAACCACAGCCUCCUUGAACAGAGCAAUACUCAAUUAUGAGGUAUCAAAUCCAAAGGAACUGCACAAUAUUAAGAACUGCUAUAGAUGGAAGGAAUGUAUUGUAGAAACCUACCAAAAAACAAUUAGGCAACAACAAAUUUAAUCAGUUUUAGCCAACUUCAAAAACAAAGUAGUUCCCUGUAAUAGUGAAGGUGUAAACUUGGCAGUAGAAAGCCUAAACAGUAUAUUUCACCAGGGAAAUUGGAACACACAAAAAAAAAAACAACACAAAGAGUUAUCUAUCCAAAAUGGAGAUGUAUGGAUAAACCACUUCUCAAAUCAUUUUGGCUCUAUAACAAAUAACAAACAGCAAAAACAUAUAGAUGAUCAAUUACAAAUAUUAGAGUCAGCUAUUAAAGACUACCAGAACCCACUGGAUUCUCCAAUUACAUUCAAUUAACUACAGGACAAAAUACAAACCCUCCAACCAAAAAAGGCCUGUGGUGGUGAUGGUAUGCUAAAUUAAAUGAUAAAAUAUACAGAUCACAAAUUCCAAUUGGCUAUACUUAAACUCUUUAACAUCAUCCUCAGCUCUGGCAUCUUUCCCAAUAUUUGGAAGCAACGACUGAUCACACCAAUCCACAAAAGUGGAGACAAAUUUGCCCCCAAUAACUACUGUGGCAUAUGCGUCAACAGCAACCUUGGGAAAAUCCUCUGCAUUAUCAUUAACAGCAGACUCGUACAUUUCCUCAGUGAAAACAAUGUACUGAGCAAUGUCAAAUUGGCUUUUUACCACAUUACCGUACAACAGACCACGUAUUCACCCUGCACACCCUAAUUGACAAACAAACCAAAACAAAGGCAAAGUCUUCUCAUGCUUUGUUGAUUUCAAAAAAGCUUUUGACUCAAUUUGGCAUGAGGGUUUGCUAUACAAAUUGAUGUAAAGUCGUGUUGGUGGAAAGACAUACGACAUUAUAAAAUCCAUGUACACAAACAACAAGUGUGCAGUUAAAAUGGGCAAAAAACACACAUUUCUUUCCACAGGGCAGUGGGGUAAGACAGGGAUGCAGCUUGAGCCCCACCCUCUUCAACAUAUAUCUCAACAAAUUGGCAAGGGCACUAGAACAGUCUGCAGCACCCGGCCUCAUCCAACUAGAAUCUGAAGUAAAAUGUCUACUGUUUGCUGAUGAUCUGUUGCUUCUGUCCCCAACCAAGGAGGGCCUACAGCAGCACCUAGAUAUUCUGCACAGAUUCUGUGCAGUAAAUCUCAGCAAGACAAAAUAAUAAAUGUUGCAAAAAAGGUCCAGUUGCCAGGACCACAAAUACAAAUUCCAUCUAGACACCAUUUCCCUAGAGCACACAAAAAACUAUACCUAUAUCGGCCUAAACAUCAGCACCAGAGGUAACUUCCACAAAGCUGUGAACAAUCUGAGAGACAAGGUAAGAAGGGCCUUCUAUGCCAUCAAAAGGAACAUACAAUUUGACAUACCAAUUAGGAUCUGGCAAAAAAUACUUGAAUCAGUUAUAGAACCCAUUGCCCUUUAUGGUUGUGAGUUCUGGGGUCGCUCAGCAACCAAGAAUUUACAAAAUGCGACAAACACCAAAUUGAGACUCUGCAUGCAGAAUUCUGCAAAAAAAAUAUCCUGCUUGUACAAUGUAAAACACCAAAUAAUGCAUGCAGAGCAGAAUUAGGCCGAUACCCGCUAAUUACCUAAAUCCAGAAAAGAUCCUUUAAAUUCUACAACCACCUAAAACGAAGCGAUUCCCAAACCUUCCAUAACAAAGCCAUCACCUACAGAGAGAUUAACCUAGAGAAGAGUCCCCUAAGCAAGCUGGUCCUGGGGCUCUGUUCACAAACACAAACAGACCCCACAGAGCCCCAGGACAGCAACACAAUUAGACCCAACCAAAUCAUGAGAAAACAAAAAGAUAAUUACUUGACACAUAGGAACGAAUUUACCAAAAAAAGCAGAGCAAACUGGAAUGCUAUUUGGCCCUAAACAGAGAGUACACAGUGGCAGGAAUACCUGACCACUGUGACUGACCCAAAAUUAAGGAAAGCUUUGACUAUGUACAAACUCAGUGAGCAUAGCCUUGCUAUUGAGAGAGGCCACCAUAGGCAGACCUGGCUCUCAAGAGAAGAUGGGCUAUGUGCACAAUGCCCACAAAAUGAAGUGGAAACUGAGCUGCACUUCCUAACCUCCUGCCAAAUGUAUGACCAUGUUAGAGACACUUAUUUCCCUCAGAUUACACAGACCCACAAAGAAUUUGAAAACAAUAUUCCCAUAUCUAUUGGGUGAAAUACCACAGUGUGCCAUCACAGCAGCAACAUUUGUGACCUGUUGCCACAAGAAAAGGGCAACCAGUGAAGAACAAACACCAUUGUAAAUAUAAUCCAUAUUCUAUUUUGCACUUUAACUAUUUGCACAUCGUUAUAACACUGUACAUAGCCAUAAUAUGACAUUUGAAAUGUCUCUAUUCCUUUGAAACUUUUGUGAGUGUAAUGUUUACUGUUUAUUUUUGAUUGUUUAUUUCACUUUUGUUUAUCUAUUUCACUUGCUUUGGCAAUGGAAACAUAUUUUCCCAUGCCAAUAAAGCCCAUUGAAUUUAAUGAGAGAGAGAGAGAGAGAGAGAGAGAGAGAGGUACGUGAACAGACAGACUUGACAAUGCAACAAGGGAAUCUUUCUUCAUCCCAUUUCUUCCAGAGCCACCUUGCCUUCUCUUCCACCCAGGCAGAGCAGAUUUCAGUAGAGCCAUAUAGCUGCAGUGGUGUGCUCCAUAGACAGGGGCUGUGUUGUGGACAGUGAUAAGACCAACGCCCAGAUCGGCAUCUGAAACCUUGGUGCCUUUCAGAGCCAUGCGUGUGGAAGGGUAGUGUCUGUGCGCAUGCAUGUGUGUGUACAUAUGUGUGGGUAAUAUGCAUGUUUAUUUGUCUGUAGUUCUUGCAAAUCAAAUCAAAUUGUAUUGGUCACAUACAUGUGUUUAGCAGAUGUUAUUGCGGGUGUAGCGAAAUGCUUGUGUUUCUAGCUCCGACAGUGCAGUAAUAUCUAACAAGUUAUAGCUAACAAUUUCACAACAUAUACCCAAUACACACAAAUCUAAGUAAAGCAAUGGAAUUAAGAAUAUAUAAAUAAAUAUGUGGAUGAGCAAUGUCAGAGCGGCAUAGACUAAGAUGCAGUAGAAUAAUAUUUAAUACAGUAUAUGCAUGUGAGAUGAGUAAUGCAAGAUAUGUAAACAGUAUUAAAGUGACUAGUGUUCCAUUUAUUAAAGUGGCCAGUGAUUUCUAAUCUAUGUAUAUAGGCAGCAGCCUCUAAUGUGCUAGUGAAGGGUAUUUAACAGUCUAAUGGCCUUGAGAUAGAAGCUGAGUUUCAGUCUCUCAGACCCAGCUUUGAUGCACAUGUACUGACCUCGCCUUCUGAAGUCCACGAUCAUGUGGCUCGGCAGUGGCUCGGGUGGUUGUUGUCCCAGGUGAUGCAUUGGGCAGACCGCACCACCCUCUGGAGAGCCCUGCGGUUGCGGGUGGUGCAGUUGCCAUACCAGGCGGUGAUACAGCCCGACAGGAUGCUCUCAAUUGUGCAUCUGAACAAAAGUUUGUGAGGGUUUUAGGUGCCAGGCCAAAUUUCUUCAGCCUGCUGAGGUUGAAGAGGCACUGUUGCGCCUUCUUCACCACACUGUCUGUGUGGGUGGACCAUUUCCGUUUGUCAGUGAUGUGUAAGCUGAGGAACUUGAAGCUUUCCACCUUUUCCACUGCGCUCCCGUCGAUGUGGAUAGGGGGUGUUCCCUCUGCUGUUUCCUGAAGUCCACGAUCAUCUCCUUUGUUUUGUUGACUUGAGUGAGAGGUUAUUUUCCUGGCACCACACUGCCAUGUACUGUAUGUGUAUUGGCCAAGCAGGGUGGAUGUAUGUUACUCUGAUCGACUCACACGGAGCCAGUGUCUGAGCCUCCCUCCAGUCUUCCCUCCCUCCCUCCCAGUCCACUCUGGGCGCAACUUUAUCAGAGCAUGUCAUGGCUGGAUACACUGGGUCUAUGGGAAAAGCCACUGGUCUCUGUUACUAUAGCAGAUAAGCCAUGCCCAGACUCUCUAUGUCCUUGUCUGGUCCAACUGUGGGGUGUGAAUGCGUGUGUGUGUGUGUGUGAAGGAGAUAUGGAGGACCCACACACGUUGUCUUUUCAUUACCCCUGCCACAUAUGAUCUCCUGUGCUGAGCACUAAAUCACCUUCAACCUGAUCUUCAGACGCUCACAAAGACUCCUAUCACCACAAGUUCCCAUGUGGCUUGAGUUAAAAUGAGAAAUGCUCAGUCCGUGUCUGUGUCAGCCCCCAACCCCAUUUGUAGAUAAGUGUCCCAUCUAUGCUCCCAAACCUUUUUGUCUGUAAUGUAUUUUUUAUUGUGUCGGACCCCAGGUAGACUAGCUGUUGUCAUGACGUCAGCUAAAUGGGGAUCCUAAUCAAAUGUAAAUAUACAUUGAGGGAAAUAAGUAUUUGACCCCCUCUCAAUCAGAAAGAUUUCUGGCUCCCAGGUGUCUUUUAUACAGGUAACGAGCUGAGAUUAGGAGCACACUCUUAAAGGGAGUGCUCCUAAUCUCAGCUUGUUACCUGUAUAAAAGACACCUGUCCACAGAAGCAAUCAAUCAAUCAGAUUCCAAACUUUCCACCAUGGCCAAGACCAAAGAGCUCUCCAAGGAUGUCAGGGACAAGAUUGUAGACCUACACAAGGUUGGAAUGGGCUACAAGAGCAUCGCCAAGCAGCUUGGUGAGAAGGUGACAACAGUUGGUAUGAUUAUUCGCAAAUGGAAGAAACACAAAAUAACUGUCAAUCUCCCUCGGCCUGGGGCUCUAUGCAAGAUCUCACCUCGUGGAGUUACGUUGAUCAUGAGAACGGUGAGGAAUCAGCCCAGAACUGCACGGGAGGAUCUUGUCAAUGAUCUCAAGGCAGCUGGGACCAUAGUCACCAAGAAAACAAUUGGUAACACACUACGCCGUUAAGGACUGAAAUCCUGCAGCGCCAGCAUGACAAUGACCCAAAACACACAGCCAAGGCAACAAAUGAGUGGCUCAAGAAGAAGCACAUUAAGGUCCUGGAGUGGCCUAGCCAGCCCCCAGACCUUAAUCCCAUAGAAAAUCUGUGGAGGGAGCUGAAGGUUCGAGUUGCCAAACGUCAGCCUCGAAACCUUAAUGACUUGGAGAAGAUUUGCAAAGAGGAGUGGAACAAAAUCCCUCCUGAGAUGUGUGCAAACCUGGUGGCCAACUACAAGAAACGUCUGACCUCUGUGAUUGCCAACAAGGGUUUUGCCACCAAGUACUAAGUCAUGUUUUGCAGAGGGGUCAAAUACUUAUUCCCCUCAUUAAAAUGCAAAUAAAUGUAUAAAAUUUUUGACAUGUGUUUUUCUGGAUUUUUUUGUUGUUAUUCUGUCUCUCACUGCUCAAAUAAACCUACCAUUAAAAUUAUAGACUGAUCAUGUCUUUGUCAGUGGGCAAACUUACAAAAUCAGCAGGGGAUCAAAUACUUUUUUCCCUCACUGUAAGACUUGACUAUGUUUUCUCCAGCCACUUUGAUAUACUUUCCUGGCCAGAGGGUGAGCACUUAGAGUUAAAAUCCUGUAGCAACAAUUCUGCUGCUAUCAUUUAGUGUGAGGCGUAUUAUAUUCUAUUAGAUCUAAGGGGAGCAAUAUAAAGUCCUCUGAAGGUAGCUUGAAAUAUGUCUAACAUUUAACAUGUACACAGUUGGAUUUCCCUGUUCAAAGCAUGUGAACGUUAGGAUAGGAACCCCAAGGAAAGGUAUUAAGUUGGAUAAAUACCCAGCGCUGACUGAGUCUAUAGGCUAAUCUAAUGGGAUUUGAUAUAAGCUGCGUACAUUUGAAGGGGAACAUAUCCUAAAUUCUGCUAGUUUUCAUGACCUGGGGCAUGGGGUAGAGGAGGAUUUGUUGCUGUAGGAAUGAGUGAGCUAAAGGACCUGUUGGAUUAUUAUACAUCUCUAGGUGUGACAAAAGGUGUGUGUGUCUCUCUCUCUCACUCUCUCUCUCUCUCUCUCAAUUCAAUUCAAAGUGCUUUAUUGGCAUGGGAAACAUAUGUUUACAUUGCCAAAGCAAGUGAAAUAGACAAUAAACAAAAGGGAAAUGAACAAGGGAAAUAAAUAAUCAGAAAUUAACAGUAAACAUUAAACUCACAAAAGAACAUAGACAUUUCAAAUGUUUUAUUAUUGGCUAUGUACAAUGUUGUAACAAUGUGCAAAUAGUUGAAGUACGAAAGGGAAAAUAAACAGAUAAAUAUAGGUUGUAUUUACAAUGGUGUUUGUGCUCCUCUGGUUGCACUUUUCUUGUGGCAACAGGUCACAAAUGUUUUGUCAUUAUUUGGUUGGGCCUAAUUGUGUUGCUGUCCUGUUUGUGUUUGUGAGCAGAGCCCCAGGACCAGCUUCCUGAGGGGACUCUUCUCUAGGUUAAUCUCUCUGUAGGUGAUGGCUUUAUUAUGGAGGGUUUGAGAGUCGCUUCCUUUUAGGUGGUUGUAGAAUAUAAUUGCUAUUUUCUGGAUUUUGAUAAUUAGCGGGUAUCGUCCUAAUUCUGCUCUGUAUGCAUUACUUGGUCUUUUACGUUGUACCCAGAGGAUGUUUUUGCAGAAUUCUGCAUGCAGAGUCUCGAUUUGGUGUUUGUCCCAUUUUGUGAAUUCUUGAUUGGUGAGUGGACCCGAGACCUCACAACCACAGAGGGCAAUGGGUUCUACAACUGAUUCAAUUAUUUUUAGCCAGAUCCUAAUUAAGAUGUCAACCUUUAUGUGCCUUAUGAUGGCGUCUCUCAGAUCGUUCACUGCUUUGUGGAAGUUACCUGUAGUGCUGAUGUUUAGGCCAAGGUAGGUAUCAUUUUUUGUGUAGGUGAUAUUUGUAUUCGUGGUCUUUGGACCUUUUUUGGAACACCAUUCUUUUUGUCUUACUGAGAUUAACUGGGCCCAAGGGCCCAAGUAUGACAGAAUCUGUGCAGAAGAUCUAGGUGCUGCUGUAGGCCCUCCUUGGUUGGGAACAGAAGCACCACAUCAUCUGCAAACAGUAAAUAUUUGACUUCAGAGUCUAGUAGGGUGAGGCCGGGUGCUUCAGAUAGUUCUAGAGCCCUCGCCAAUUCGUUUAUAUAAAUGUUAAAGAGGGUGGGGCUCAAGCUGCACCCUGUCUCGGCCCCCGGCCCUGAGGAAAGAAAUCAGUGUGUUUUUUGCCAAUUAUAACCGUACACUUGUUGUUUUGUAAAUGGAUAUAAUAAUAUCCUAUGUUUUCCCCCAUCAAUUUAUAUAACAGACCCUCUGCCUUUGUUUUGGUUUGUUUGUCAAUUAGGGUGUGCAGGGUGAACACGUGGUCUGUCAUACGGUAAUUUGGUAAAAAGGCAAUUUGACAUUUGCUCAGGACAUUGUUUUCACUGAGGAAAUGUAGGAGUCUGCUGUUAAUGAUAAUGCAGAGGAUUUUCCCAAGGUUGCUGUUGAUGCAUAUACCACAGGAGUUAUUGGGGCUGAAUUUGUCUCCACUUUUGUGGAUAGGGGUGAUCAGUCCUUGGUUCCAAUUAUAAGAGAAGAUGCAAGAGCUGAGGAUGCUGUUAAAGAGUUUAAGUAUAGCCAAUUGGAAUUUGUGAUCUGUAAUUUCUGUCUCUCUCUCUCUCUCUCUCUCUCUCUCUCUCUCUCUCUCUCUCUCUCUCUCUCUCUCUCUCUCUCUCUCUCUCUCUCGCCACUGAAAAUAAUGAUCUUGUUUAGCUCCAAACACCCCCACCUAUGGCGUCAAUUAUCCCCGUAACAGCAUCACCAGCUCUCCCGUCAGCCCCUGACUUCAAACACAGCAGCUACAGUGGGGAAAAAAAGUAUUUAGUCAGCCACCAAUUGUGCAAGUUCUCCCACUUAAAAAGAUGAGAGAGGCCUGUAAUUUUCAUCAUAGGUACACGUCAACUAUGACAGACAAAUUGAGAUUUUUUUUCUCCAGAAAAUCACAUUGUAGGAUUUUUAAUGAAUUUAUUUGCAAAUUAUGGUGGAAAAUAAGUAUUUGGUCACCUACAAACAAGCAAGAUUUCUGGCUCUCACAGACCUGUAACUUCUUCUUUAAGAGGCUCCUCUGUCCUCCACUCGUUACCUGUAUUAAUGGCACCUGUUUGAACUUGUUAUCAGUAUAAAAGACACCUGUCCACAACCUCAAACAGUCACACUCCAAACUCCACUAUGGCCAAGACCAAAGAGCUGUCAAAGGACACCAGAAACAAAAUUGUAGACCUGCACCAGGCUGGGAAGACUGAAUCUGCAAUAGGUAAGCAGUUUGGUUUGAAGAAAUCAACUGUGGGAGCAAUUAUUAGGAAAUGGAAGACAUACAAGACCACUGAUAAUCUCCCUCGAUCUGGGGCUCCACGCAAGAUCUCACCCCGUGGGGUCAAAAUGAUCACAAGAAUGGUGAGCAAAAAUCCCAGAACCACACGGGGGGACCUAGUGAAUGACCUGCAGAGAGCUGGGACCAAAGUAACAAAGCCUACCAUCAGUAACACACUACGCCGCCAGGGACUCAAAUCCUGCAGUGCCAGACGUGUCCCCCUGCUUAAGCCAGUACAUGUCCAGGCCCGUCUGAAGUUUGCUAGAGUGCAUUUGGAUGAUCCAGAAGAGGAUUGGGAGAAUGUCAUAUGGUCAGAUGAAACCAAAAUAGAACUUUUUGGUAAAAACUCAACUUGUCGUGUUUGGAGGACAAAGAAUGCUGAGUUGCAUCCAAAUAACACCAUACCUACUGUGAAGCAUGGGGGUGGAAACAUCAUGCUUUGGGGCUGUUUUUCUGCAAAGUGACCAGGACGACUGAUCCGUGUAAAGGAAAGAAUGAAUGGGGCCAUGUAUCGUGAGAUUUUGAGUGAAAACCUCCUUCCAUCAGCAAGGGCAUUGAAGAUGAAACGUGGCUGGGUCUUUCAGCAUGACAAUGAUCCCAAACACACCGCCCGGGCAACGAAGGAGUGGCUUCGUAAGAAGCAUUUCAAGGUCCUGGAGUGGCCUAGCCAGUCUCCAGAUCUCAACCCCAUAGAAAAUCUUUGGAGGGAGUUGAAAGUCCGUGUUGCCCAGCGACAGCCCCAAAACAUCACUGCUCUAGAGGAGAUCUGCAUGGAGGAAUGGGCCAAAAUACCAGCAACAGUGUGUGAAAACCUUGUGAAGACUUACAGAAAACGUUUGACCUGUGUCAUUGCCAACAAAGGGUAUAUAACAAAGUAUUGAGAAACUUUUGUUAUUGACCAAAUACUUAUUUUCCACCAUAAUUUGCAAAUAAAUUCAUUAAAAAUCCUACAAUGUGAUAUUCUGGAUUUUUCUUUCUCAUUUUUUUCUGUCAUAGUUGACGUGUACCUAUGAUGAAAAUUACAGGCCUCUCUCAUCUUUUUCCCCCACUGUACCUCCAUUCCCUUCAUACAUUUUUAAAAACAGCCUUUUUGGGCAGUUUUGUGAAAAAUCAGAAUGGUCUAAUUUCCUGUUCCUGUCAUGAAGUUAGUGGUAGUUAUUUUACCCUGCUUACUGGCUGUGGAGCUAUAUCUGUAUAUCUUUGUGCCUACAUACUUGUAACUUUUAAUGAGUCUGAUUGCUGCUAUUUAACACUUGAAAAUUAUAUUUUUUUAUCUCAAAGAGCCUCACCUGCAUAAUAAAAUGGCUGUGGCCAUAGCUCUGUAUCUCUCUCAUAGUGUCCAGCUGCAGCCAUGGUGUUUUGUGAUAGCUCCCUUUGAACGCGCACACAGCAUAGCUGUCUCCUCUGGGAGGUCUAUCCUAAACCUGUGGAUCCUGCAGACCGCAGACACAGACAGACAGACAGACAGACAGACAAGCAUACAGACGGAUGGACAGACGGACAGACAGACUCCCUUUGUCUCUCUGACAGACACAUGGAUGAAUAGGACUCCCAGGGGGCAUCAGUGUGUGUGGGUGUGUGUGUACAGCCACUACUCCCACACCUCCCUUCCUCUCUCACCUCUCGGCCCAAAGCACACAGUUACCAUGGAGACGGGCCCCCUCAGGUUCAGUAGGAGGGGCCUGUAGUCAAAGCUCUCUCUGACCACUGACCCCUCCCUUUUCUUACUAUUCCUGCGGAAGGUUCUGUCCCACCAACCACACACAUACACAUCACACCACACCACCCUACCGCUUAUCUCUAAGGAAUUCUACAUUUGAAAGUCUUUGACACACUCAGUGUUGCACCAAAGCACCCAACCGUUUUUCUUUGUUGCACUAUUCCAGCCAAGUCUGGCUCACUGCAAUACAUUUUAUGAAUCCACUCUUUCACCCUCACUUUGUCCCACAAUCCCUCCCUCCACCCUCCAUCACUCUUUCUUUUUCACUUAUAUUCCUUCUAUCAGUCUUUCACACCCCCUCCAUUCCUCAAUCCCUCCUCCCCCCAGUGUGUAUGGAUGUGGUGCUAUCUGUUAGUGGUCUCCAUUGCCUGCCUCCAAACAUGGCUGGUCGUGCUGCUGUAACCGUGUGACUGUUUUAUGGCCGUGGUGAUAGUGGCAGGCAAUGGAGCGGACAAGUUAUUACAGGACAGGCAAAUGGAGACCUGAUAGAGCAUGAAAACCUCUCCUCCUAGCUCUGUGGGGCGGCCUCCUUCCCCCCCUCACUACCUCUCGCUCUAUUAUUUUUCUCUCCCCCUCUCUGUCUUUUUCUCUCUCACUCUGUAUCGUGGCCUCACUCACUCUCGCUUUCUCUCUGUUGUUCCCUCCAUGUUGUUGAUCCCACCCUUCCUCUCUCACUUUCUCCCUCAUACUAACGCUCUCCGUCGUUCUCUUCCCCUCUCUCAGGACAUAAUAACAGGAGGGGUCACACAUGACAUGACACAUUAACACUAAUAACGCAGCAGCAACAGGCAUGGAUGAGUAAUGGUGUGCUGGGAUAAGGAAUGGCCCUGUCUGUCUGUCUGUCAGGGAGCAGCUAACAUGCUAUGCUAUGCUAUCACUGCUGAAGAGAGCAGCAAGGCCAGCCAGCCACUGGAAUUAGGAGAGGAGAGGAGAGGAGAGGAGAGGAGAGGAGAGGAGAGGAGAGGAGAGGAGAGGAGAGGAGAGGAGAGGAGAGGAGAGGAGAGGAGAGGAGAGGAGAGGAGAGGAGAGGAGAGGAGAGGAGAGGAGAGUGUGGUGUCAGUCCCUCGGCCAUGUUGCCCACCACAUCCACCACAGUCAUUUUUAAGAGUUUGUUUUCCCUCUCCACACACUGUUCCACAGACAGAGGAAUCUGAGAUUGAGUAUCUAGCAUACAUAAGCAUGAACAGCAAGGCUCCUACUACUUGUUUGUAGUUUCUCCCCAAUCAUUUAUAGAUUUCCCUCCAUGUGGCUAGGGUUUAGCUAGCAGAUUUGGACCAGAAUGAAAGACGUGUUGGAAUUUUUGAAUAGUGUGUAUUGCUUUUUUUCUCACUUAGUAUGUGUGUGAGUGCGCACGUGCGCCGGGGUAUGUUUGAAGCCUGUUAGCCAGAUGGCUGGUCCCCCUGUUUGGGCUGUGUUGUACCCCUUCUCCUGCUGGUGCUCUGGAGGGCUGCCCAGGGGGUGAGGGGUGUUGGCCUCCCCUCACUGGGGGAACUUGGACGGGAGGACUAUUCCUGUUUGAGGUUUUAGGCCUGCACUGAGGGAAACCAGUUUUCCCAAAAUGUGGUGAAAAUAUAGGAACAGCCUGCCCCCUAGUGGUACGUCUCACCACUGCUCCACUCCACAGCAUGGCCCUCUUUACUCUGGCUGAAGCUAAUGUGUUGAUCUGUGGAGCGGCCAGCUUUGUCACUGACUCCAUCGCUACACCAUCAUCACAAACCUCUCUCGCUGUUAUGUCCGUGUCCAUGGUAACGGGCCCGCAGGCCGCCAGCUGGACCAGCACCUGUAAUUAUCAACCGUCACACGGUGUGGAAGGAGGCAAACACACCAAUCAACUGGAGACACAUUCUAGAAGCAGUGGAAUGUUGUAGCAGGAGAUAGUGUUUUUCCCCUUGUUUUCUUUUUCUCUCUUCUAAAGGAGAGUAUGUGAAUGCAUUAUGUGUCUAGGUAUGUAGAGAAAGGAUUUGCUGUGUACGGUUGUUAUUGUAUAGAUGUGGAUCUCCUCUCCUGGAGUAUAAGCAGGGAAAAUGUCUCUAUUCCUUUAUUCCUGUAUUCCCAGCUCCCUAUUUUUAUUGAUAGGCUUUAUAAAGAGGGGCAAUUAGGAUGUGGUGCUACUGUUUUCUAUUUUCUGUUCUUUCUUUCUCUACUCUCUCUCUCUCUCUCUCUCUCUCUCUCUCUUUCUCUUCUCAUUCAUGUUGACAUGAGUUGCUCAUUAGCAUACUUGCAGGCAGUUGUCCAAUCAGGAUGAAGGAAUGCGCUUCAAAAAAAGCCCCUGUAUCCCAGCAACAAAAUGGCAGUGUUCUGUUAAUGUCUGUCAUAGUUUGAUUCGAUCAAACAAAGUAGAGUUUCAGUGCUGCUCGUUGUAACCACUGCAUGUUCGAUAGGCUAUUAUGUUACAAUGUUGGCCCUCAGCUUGUUUGUCACUCAAUACAGCAGGCAUUCUCCAAUACCGUGUCUCACUUUCCUGUCUGUCUUCCUCCUGUCUAUGCAUCUGGAUCAUGAGUAAGAAAGAGAUUAGGCAGGUAGAAAUUACUUUAUUUUUCAGGCUUUGUUUUUAGGUUUGUGUGUCACACUAUAACUGCACCCUUGUGUUUCUGUCUGUGGUGUGUGAAAGUGUGUUUCUUUUAUAUACAAACACACACACUGUGAUGACACUUUAAGGGAUCUAAUUUAAGGGAGAGUAAUUACUGGGUAAGGAAAGGCAUAAAAACAAAGAGCGAGAGAAGGAAACAGCGGCGAGGAGAGAGGGGGAGAGCUGUAUAUGGUUGUAUGUUUUAUUGAGUGUAUAAUAUAGACUGAGUGCAGUUGUUGUAUAUCAUGUUCCUGUUCCAGCUACAUGUCAUCUCCAUGGUAGUAAAUUACUGCCUAUAGAGAGGAGAGGUUGAGAGAGCAGGCGCCGAUAGGUAGAUGGUGGGGGAGAUGGAAGAGAGCAGGAGGGGAGAGCUGAGAGGAGGGAGGAGGGGGAGAGCAAGCAUUAGAGAGGAUGGAGAGGUAGAAUAAAUAAAAAGGACGAGCGCAGGAGAGGAGAGCCGGGAGGACAGAGGAGGAAGGAGGAGGCAGUGCAGGUACUAAGAAGGGAGAGCAGGCGCUGAGAGGAGAGAGGAUGGGGGAGGAAGGAGACGAGAGAAUGCACUCUGGUAUGAUUCAAGUGGUCUGUGGGAGCAGCAGGCAGAGCCGGUGUGAUCUCUGGCCCUCUACCUCUCCAGGGGGGAAAGGUUUAUGAGUAUAGAGACUCUGCUAGAGGUGAUGGUGUCAUCUGGGAGGGGCAAAGCUCCCUUAUUGAAUAGAAAGGUGUGUGUGCUUCUAUUCCCUUCAGUGUCUGCAUCAGAAACACCAGUUCAAUAUCACCGGGCAGGUAGUGCAGUAGAGACAAGACACUACCUCGCUCCCCUGACAGCUAGGGAAGCGCUGUUGUGUCAAAAACAAACCACCUCUCUCUCUCUCUCUCUCUCUCUCUCUCUCUCUCUCUCUCUCUCUCAAAAACAGUAGCCUUUUCAUAUAGGCCCUCUAUCGCUAAACGCACCAAAUACCCACCCGUUGUUUAUGUGGGGGCAUUAUGAACAUGGACGUCACCAGGACCUGGCUUUUGGAGCUUUAGCCCCGAAUGAUUUUGGGUCAGCCCAUAAUAUUUUGCGCUGCUGCAAUAGUGUAAAAAAAAAUUGUCAACUGAAUGCGCCACUUAAUUCAUAGACCUGUGGUUACAUGAAACUCCCGAAGUCAUCCAACCGUUAUAAUCAGGGUUGUAGUAGAGCGACCCUCCGCCACUUCUCAGAAUGGUGCUAUGUCUCGCAAGAUCACUUAAUGAUUCAUUAGUAAUCUACAUAACAAACCGAAUAUAAAAGCAUGAUAAUGUCAGGCUACUAAAAACACCAUGUCAUUCCUUAUGACAAUGUAGGAUGAUUGUGCUGAAAUGUUGCAUUUUUUUCUCAUGGGGUGGCUGUGUUUAACUCCAUCUGCUCUAAAAUUAGAUUAGUUCGGCCGGUUAGCCACCCUUACUGUACAUCAUUCAAGAAGAUCAGAAUGCAUAUUCCCAUGAAACUGAUUGGGAUCAAAUGGUUGGCAUGCAUGCAGCAUGGACGUUUCACCUGUAAAACGUGAAGAAUUAUCAUUCACGAUUGACAGUGAUGAUGGCCUAAUUUAUAAUAAGGUAGGCCUAAUUUGGUGUUUUAGGAUUUAGCUACUUACAGUUUGUGUAGGCAUAGGCAAUCAUGCAAUUUGGAUGAUGCAUUGUAUGUAUAUUCUAAAAUUAUUUUAUACAAUAGGCUUCAUGUCGGUACCAACUUUCAUUCAGAAAUGAUGGCUUAAUAAUAAUAAAAAUGGUGCUCCGGGAGACUACCUAAAAAAAAUAGCACUACACCACUGGUUAUAAUAAAUGUAAAGCAACUGCCAUGUGUGGUCAACUGAUAAUUGGGACAGCGUCAUUGCGCUGCUUUGAGACAAGCAUUGGAACUCAUCUUGAUAAUUCAAUCAAUGUCAGAUUUUUGUUUUCACUGAAUCUCCGUUUGGAUAUUUGGUCAAAAUGGUGUUGAGAAAUGGUAGCUAAGUGGAGGUGAGUUCUCAUGAUCAUUAGUCUAGCAAUUGAAAGCAAUGCAGAUCUGACACACAUAUUAGGCCUAUAGCCUACCUGAUGAGCUUCCCUGAUGUUUUCCUGAACUUUCCAAUACUUUUCUGAUGCAUUUCAGUCACUUAGCGUACUAAUGCGAGUACAAAUGUGUACACUUUUCCCAUAGGAUAUUCAAGUAAUUUGACAUAUUCUUAUUGUUUAAAAAGGUCAUAAGGCCUACAUCGUUUCAAUAACAAUAUAGCUGAAACCACUAUUGGCUUCAUUGACUUACUGAAUGUAUUAUCUUGUAAUUGUUGGCUAGGCUACUUGCUGAUAGAUUAUUUUAAAUAUUAUUGUAACAGUAGGCCUACCUACACAAUAUGGGGUUACUGACCACAACCCAUUGAAUUAACAAUAAAAAGUGUUGAUUAUUUGGCCUUGGGGAGAGCACAGCGCAUGAAAGAAAACAUAGCGCUGCAGGAAGGGGUGCUGGAAGUGUUGCAGAUAAAUUGAAAUACAUUUGCCAAAUUAUAUAAUUACUCCUGUCUCUAUAAAAAUAAAUGAAAUCAUUGAAAAUACUGCACCAGCAUAAUUUAGCCAGAGGAUCAAUAGCUUAUUUUUAUUUUUUAAUCUGUAGAUUGUGUUUUGUCACAUUAGAGCGCAUAGGCCUAGUCUACAGUCGGGAAUCCCGCAAUUGGGCAGCCCACCCGGAAAAUAUAAAACAGCUGAUUGUUAAGUUGUGUCUGUCAAUGAACAGCAGGCAGCAGCUAGAAGGUAUUUCGCAAUAUUUCAAAAUACAAUUGCGGGAAAAAGUUGGUACUAUCAUUUCCUCCUCAUAUUUUAGGCCUAAAAUCUGUGUAUCCACUAUUUUCAUUGGCCUAUGCUAUUGGUUGCUUUUAAGACAUGGGUUGUUGGUUGUAUUGAUCUCAGAGUCGCUUGUCAUUUUAAUCAUUUAUGUGGUAUAAAAAAAUAUUAUUGCAUUGUCUCCAGUCAUGUAAAAUGACGUAGAAUUGCAGGAAAUGAUUUUAGAAAGUACCUUUUUUUCUCGAACCCACAGGACUGAGCCCUGAAUGUUAUGAAACUCUGGUGACGGCCCUGAUUAUGAGUUCCUUUUGUCUGUGCGUCUGGUGGGCGAGACGGGUGGCAGCGGUGGGAUCCCUUUAUCUGUUUUUCUUUUACUGCGCUAAUUACUGUAGUAAUUAAUUUUUGUUUUGGAUCUCUCUCUGCAGAGCUCAGCGCAUAAUGAAUAGGACCAGGGAACUGAGGGAAGGAACGGCCAGGUCUGAGUGAACGAACAUCACCAUGACAGGGGAAGGGGCGACGGUGAUUGUUUAGUGGCGGCUGUUGGGGGACGGGGGACUCACAUUUUAUUCAGGCUAAUUCUGAGUGCACCCCUGGUCCCCCCCUCCCCCAUACUCCAACACUUCUCUCUCACACACAGGCACAGAGACACACACACCAUCCAUACAGGAAAUGUUUCCCUCCUCUCAUCUGGAAUACUAAAGCACAGUGUUCCUUAUUAGUGUUGCAACUCCUUCUGUUCAUUUCAACCCGUGGGCUGCUGCUGUGUUUCUGACUACUAUCCCACUUUUCUCAUCUUGAGCUGUGAGUUCCUAAGUGUUACUCUUGUGUGCGUGUGCGCGCGCGCAUUGCUCUCUCCUCAACAGCAGUAAUCUGAGUUUUCCCGUAGUGUUGCUCUCUGUUUUCAUCCCAGACACUAAGCUCCUGAACUCAGCAUAGGUGCUCUAGAGAUUAACUGUAAGCUCAUUUGCCACUUAGAGAUAGUCCUACAUAAAACGGACCCAUUCUUAUUAUAUUUCCGUUCUCUCCUCCAGAGGCUCCAGGUCAGGACUUUGUAACCCUGGACUACCGGCUGCGCUACUACCCCAGCAUCACCUAUGCGGUCAUCGGCAGCGCUGUCAUCUUCGUCCUGGUGGUGGCGCUGUUGGCCCUGGUCCUGCACCACCAGAGGAAGCGCAGCGUGUUGCUGCCCCGUGGGGUCCGGGGGUCCUCCCACCACCACCACCAGCCCCUGCUGCUGUCCCGCCUGGUCAUCCUAGACCGGGGACAUGUCCACCCAGCUGGCUCUGGCCUCUCCCCCACCUCCCCGUCUGCUGCGGCCCAGUACACUGCAGGUCCCCCAGGGCUACAGCUGCUGUCUGGGGCCCUCUACCCCGCUGGCAUGCCCAUGGACUCACCGCCUUCCUACUCCCAGGCUGUACUGGAUGUCAGGUAGGCUAAGAGUCCACUUGAGACAUACUGUGUAGUGUACUGGAGGGAGUAGUGUGAGGCUUAUUGUUUUGCCAACCGUAGCUUUGUCUAUUUAAAUGUGUUUGUUGUAUUGAUCUGUCUCUAAACUUAACUAAAUUAAUUUCAGAACAAUAGUAGCAUAAUUAUAUGUGCGCUCCUUUACAUAUCUAUUUCUCCUUCUCCAUCUCGCCUCCAGCCGGCCUCCGUGGUUCGACCUCCCACCGCCUCCCUACCUCCCAGAUGGGGUGGAACUGCCGUCAGAAGGUGACCUGCCCCAGUACGAAGCCCCCACAGUGCCCUCCACCCAGCCCAGCACACGCCCCUCUGAGCCCCCUACACCCAGAACUGUGGCCCCAGGCUUGUCCCGGCCUAGCCUCAGCUCCAGCGAGGAGUCGGACCAGUUGUAG